UCCGCCUAUUAUGCAAAUGAGCCAGUGUGUCCGGAAGUGAGCAGUCCCGUGAUGUCAGCUAGCGGCGCGUAGCAUCGGAUUGAUCACUCGACCAACUUCCUCGCCACGUUCCGCCACGCAGUGGCUGAUAUCUCAUCAAGCGGUCGGCAAGCCAUGUCGGAGUGAAUCCCCCUACCCGGCGGACGUUAAGGGCGAGUGAAAAAGCGCUCACAUGACGUGACGGGAUGCCAUUCGGUUAGCAGGUCGGUGUGCUACGCAGGCUAGCGGGCUACUAAGAGUACGUGCAUUGCGCUGCUCGCCUUUUGGGAGACAUGUCGCGCUUUGUCCUGGAGCAACUAUCUGAUUUUGGGGAUUACGCUGGCAAAAAUUACCUGUAUGAGAGUUUAAUUCACGAGCCCCACAACAGAGUGCCAAAUGUUCGUCUGAGCCCAGAUGGACGUCACGUUCAUGUCAUCCUCCACAAGCCCAAAGUCGGUCUUGUGACUCUGGACAAGUAUGAAAGACCUCAGCUGGUCCACACUCAGAGGAAGCUGGAUUUGUGUUCAAUGCGAGGCGUUUCCGUUGUGGAUAUUUUGUAUUUGGACAAUAAAAAUAAUCACGGCCGCGUCAACAAGGACUUCGUGGCUGUAGUUUACGAGAACGGACGGGCUGAGUUUUGGCGGUUCCAGGAUUGCAAAGGAGGCUGGACUCUCCUGCAGACGUCCGACUUGUGUAACAGUCCUCGGGCCAGAGUGGUGUCAGUGUGCGCCUGCUCUAAUCUAAUCAUCUGGUGUGAGGAGCGACCCCCCUCGGAGAGUUCCCCCCUCCUCAGCUCUGCCAGGAAUAAGCUGAGGCAUUGCAUCUGCAAGAGGGACUUUGAGUUAGAGGAGGGGGCUGUCAUUUUAGGAGGGGUGAAAAUCGCCCUCCACAGCAACCCUCGAUUCACCGUGGUCGCCUCGGGGCAAUACGUGCAUCUCCUAUCCGAUGUUAAAGUGAAACUGCUGAGCAAAUUCUUCCUUUCUUGGUGCCCUUGUCGGGACUACUUUCGGGUCAGCGUCACAUGCAAAGCCACCCCCUUGAAACAGCAGUCGUCCAAGGAGUCUGACUUCAGGAAGCUGAUCGCAGACUGUUUAGGGUUUCUGUCAGCUAUCGACCCACCUGACAUCUUAAACGUCUGCCCUUCGGCUUGUGGCGGUUUGCUGUUGCUGCUCAACACGGGCUGGGUGUGUCUGGUGCAAAGCGAUGGGAUGCUGCGGCAGAUGCACAAAAUAGCAGACGGGAGCCUGCUUCAAUAUCCCGCACAUACCAGCCUCUGCACAUACCAGGACACGUUGGUGCUUAUCAUAGGCCAAAAUCUGCAUCUUAUAGAUUUGAAGUGUGGCAGAGAAAUGGCGACAAUAAUACUAGACAGAGAGGGCGUUUUAUUUACCAUGAAGAGUGACGCAUCGCCUCAUCUAUUCUUAGAAACUGGACUUUUUAAAGUGGUGCGGCAUGAUAUGGACACAAAAGAUUUGAAAAUGAAGUUGCCUUCUUUGACUACAGUGGAGAGCAUUCUCCCCGGAGCCCUCCUCGUGGAAGCCGUGUUUGAGGAGGCUUGUAAAUAUUACCAGCAGAGGAGCGUGAGUAGCACCCGGCUCACUGUGGAUGGCUUAAAAAAGGGGGGCAGGUUCCAGGCUCCCAUCUCUUUAGCAUCCAUCCUCAGUGGCUACCUCACCCCAGGGCCUGAGCAGAGAGCAGCAGAGCUGUCCCAAAAUGAAGGAAGUGGAUUUAGCGUAGGGGAAGACAAGCUAAAAGUGUCACUUGAGCCUGAGCUGAAGGCCUUGGUCGCUGUGGAGGACCUCAAGGGCACCCUGGUGAGGGGCAGCGUGAAAGAAGUCGAGGUACUUUGCCAGCGUCUCGUUGAGAAAGAAGUAACUCGGCUGCUGUCGUCCUCCGAGCUGCAUCAGGACGACCUGCUCUACCUCAACUCCAUCUUCGGCACCUUCCCAAACCAAGCUUGGGCGGCGGCGCAAGCUGCUCUCCAGCUCCACUACAAUGGCGAAGGCUCUCUGUCCAGCCAGGCACCUCCGGACGUGUGGAAAACCGUCCUCAGUCCCGCGCCAAGCUUGCCAGCCUCCCUCCCACUCACCAACGGCGGGUCAGUACAUGGGCACAGCCCAAAAGCGGAUCACAACGCCAACUGUACACGUAAGCCGACGAGCUCCCCUUUGUCUGUCGUCCUGCCCGUCUUUGAACUCCUCUGCCAGUCGCUUUUACGUUUCCAGCCCGCUUGGCUGCCCUGUUUUCUCGAGCUCGGCCAGCAGCAGCAGGGUUCGGCCAGACUGGGGCUGAGCCUCGCUGCCUCCUCGUGGAGCGUCUCCGGCAGCCGAGGAGGAAGCGGCGGCGGCGAGAACAAUGUGCCUCUCUAUAAGCGCGUCCUGAGCGUCCUGACAUCCGUGAGACAAGACAGAGACCAGCAACAAGAACUGGAGGUGGAAGUGUUGAUGGUCAGCGGACGGCCUAAUGCCAUCCUGCAAGCGUUGAAGAUCCUAAUUGGACAGCAGCUGUGGGAGAAGGUCACCCAGGUGGCCCAGAAGUUCUGCAAGCAAAGUCCCCUGCUCAGCAGGGAGAUCUUCACCAUGCUGCUCUGUGAGGUGACCCAGCACAGAGAACUGGACCCCUACUUGGACCUGCUGUGGGCCCUGUGCCCCGAGGACCUCACCGUCACCUCCAUUCUGAACCUGGUGCUGAAAAACCUCCCACCCGCCGGCGAUCCAACCCCAUCACCCAUUUCCACACCGCUCAGGCCUGGCCCCUCUCCCGCACUCUUUGCUGACCCACAGAGUGGUCAAAUGACCGUCGGCCUUCUCAAACCUCUGCUGCGAAAAGUUCUCCAGAGGGAGACCAAGCCCAGCCAACAUUACGCCGACAUCCUCCAGUCCCCCUCCUUCCCGCCUCCAGCGCCCCCACGCCUGCCCACAGAACCGGCGCCCUCGCCCCAGGACACUAGCAUGCCUCUACCUGCUGACCCACUAUGAAGUGACCACAUACAUUUUUUAAAGACCCUUGGUACUGUCACAUUAAACCGAUGACUACUGACAAUAUUCCCGUGUAAAUAUUCAUUUUAAGAUGAACUUUUCAGUGUAACAUGCAUGCGGAUGUCAGUGUUAUUACUGGCUUGUCAACGCAGUAUUAAAUGGAGUACUUUGUCACAAUUCAUCUCACUAACUUUUGGCCUUGUUCACAAGAACAUUUUUUGUAAUUAUGCAGGUGCGUGGGAUUUGCAUGUUCACUGCGUUCACUCUGGCUUCCUCGCGUAUUCCAAAAAAAACAUUAAUGGUGGAUUCAUUGAAGACUUAAGUUGUUUACUGUUGUAAAUGUUGGCAUAAAUUGUUGUUGUUGCACAUGUGCCGUGUUACUAACUGGUGACCAGUCCAGGGUGUACCCCGUCUCUCACAUAGUAAAUGGCUGGAUUCAUUUUACUUUCAGUAGUUCUAUACUUAGCACAUUUCUCAUUGAUUUUUGCCAUUUGACAUUCCUUCAAAA